AUUGUUUUACUUCCGUUUGGAUACUAUAAGGAAGUGACAAGUUCGCCAUCUUGUUUUUCUUUAUAUUGAUAGACUUACAUGCAGUAAGAUGAGUUCUUUAAAAUUACAAAAGAGGUUGGCAGCCUCUGUUAUGCGAUGUGGUAGAAAGAAGGUAUGGUUGGACCCAAACGAGGUCAAUGAAAUAGCAAACACUAAUUCCCGUCAGAACAUCCGAAAAUUAAUAAAGGAUGGGCUGAUUAUUAAAAAACCAGUUGCAGUACACAGUAGAGCUCGUGUUCGCAAGAACACAGAAGCCAGAAGAAAAGGUCGACAUUGCGGAUUUGGAAAACGAAAAGGAACAGCUAAUGCGCGAACUCCUCAGAAAGAUCUAUGGAUUCAAAGAAUGAGAGUUCUGCGACGUCUGCUAAAAAAAUAUCGGGAAACUAAGAAAAUCGACCGACAUUUAUAUCACUUGCUGUACAUGAAAGCAAAGGGUAAUGUUUUUAAGAAUAAGAGAGUAUUGAUGGAAUUUAUCCAUAAAAAGAAAGCUGAGAAAGCUAGAGCUGAAAUGUUAUCCGACCAAGCUGAAGCACGUCGUACAAAAGUACGUGAAGCUAGAAAACGAAGAGCAGAAAGAAUUGCUACAAAAAAGCAAGAAUUAAUGCAAUCCUAUCAGCGAGAAGAUGAAGCAGCAGCUGCGCAAAAAAAGUAGUUGUUAAGACCAACCAUUUCCUUGUAUAAAUAAAAUAUAUUGAAAAUGAUUAAUGUUUUUUUAAACUCA